AUCCAGUUCAUGUUGUUUGUUUUAUAUUCGUACGGUUUUGCAUAAAUCUCUCUUCGCUAAUUGACAGAAAAAGGGAAGCUCUUCUACUUGCUAAGAUGGAGUCUGAUCAUCAUGACAUCAGUGAAAAUCUAUUGAAAAACAAAAGAGAUUUUGAAGAGUGUGGUGAUGAGGAGGCAAGACUAGGGGAGAAGAUAUGGUCAGAGAUGAAGAAAGUGUCGGUCGUGGCUUUCCCGGCAAUAUUUACCAGAUUCUCAACAUUUGGGAUUAGUGUCAUCAGUCAGGCAUUUAUUGGCCACAUUGACCCUAUUGAUCUUGCAGCCUAUGCUUUGGUACAAACUGUACUGCUCAGGUUUUGCAAUGGAGUUUUGUUGGGGAUGGCGAGUGGAUUGGAAACACUAUUAGGGCAAGCAUUUGGUGCAAAGCAGUAUCACAUGAUGGGAAUAUAUCUCCAAAGAUCAUGGAUUGUCUUGUCCACAACCACAACUUUGUUCGUGCCGCUGUUUUUCUUCACCACCCCGAUAUUUAAAGCACUGGGGCAAGAUGAAGACAUUGCGCAAGUGGCAGGAACCGUUUCCCAUUGGUUUAUACCGGUGGCAUAUGCAUACAUUGUAUCGUUCACCUGUCAAAUGUACCUACAAGCACAGAGCAAGAACUUUUUCAUUUCGUACCUCGCAGCUGCCACGCUGGCGAUUCACAUUUCACUGUCCUGGCUCUUGACAGUGAAGCUCAAAUGUGGACUUUCGGGUGCCAUGGUUUCUACUAUAUUAGCAUUCUGGAUCCCUAAUUGGGGUCAGCUUUUGUAUGUCAUGUGUGGAGGAUGCAGAGAAACUUGGACUGGUUUUUCGUUCAUGGCAUUCAAGGAUCUUGUGCCUGUCAUCAAGCUUUCCUUGUCUGCUGGUGCCAUGGUCUGUCUUGAAGUCUGGUACAACUCGAUAUUGAUUCUUCUUACAGGAAACUUGCAGGAUGCUAAGAUUCAGAUUGAUGCUUUGUCUAUAUGCCUCAACAUGAGCGGGUGGGGAAUGAUGAUAUCUCUCGGUUUCAUGGCUGCAGCAUGCGUGCGAGUUGCGAAUGAGCUGGGAAGGGGAAGUGCAAAGGCUGCCAAGUUAACAAUCAAUGUGGUUUUGCUAUCUUCCUUCACCAUCGGACUAGUGAUAUUUCUGUUUUUGCUAUUCCUUCGCGGGAGGCUGGCUUACUUGUUCGCCGACAGUCAGGAAGUGGUCGAGGCAGUUGAUCAGUUAUCACCUUUGUUAGCAGUUUCUGUCCUUCUGAACAGUGUUCAGCCUGUGCUUUCUGGAGUUUCGAUAGGAGCUGGAUGGCAGAGUACGGUGGCAUAUGUUAACAUUGGAUGUUAUUACCUGGUUGGGAUUCCGGUUGGCCUCCUUCUUGGUUAUGUCCUGAAUUUGCAGGUCAAGGGCGUUUGGAUUGGAAUGCUAUUUGGUACGCUCGUACAGACGAUUGUGUUGCUUAUAAUCACUUUCAGAACAGAUUGGGACAAACAGGUAACUAUUGCUUCAUCUCUUGCGGUUGUAGAUGCUCAGCUGCGCGUGCGUAGUUGGAUUGUAGAACCCAAAUCUGGCGGCACAAACGGUUCAGAUGGUUAAUGUACCACACUAUGUACUUUGUGUGUAGUUAUGUUGUAACAAAAAAAGAAGGAACAUGCUAUAGUCACACCAAAUUUAACAUCAAAAUCUGACACUGUGUUUGACAGACAUGCAUAGAUAUUUUCUCUGAGCCACACAGACAGCCUAUGUGUUUGUGUGAAACACGUGGUGUCAAACUUGAGUGUUAAACUUGGUGUGAUUAGAGAUUUACCCAAACAAGAACUCAUGUGUUUUCAAAUGUUUUUUUCCUGGUUAAGUGCAUUGCGAACUUGAUGUGUAUU